GCAUGCAAAACAGUAAGAAUCGAAGGUCUGAUAAAUGGAUCAAACACUCAACAGGGAACUUAUCUUUCCCUGAGACAGAGUACAUCCUGGUUAGAUUACAAUGUGUACCUAUAGUAUGAUGGAGGAGUUUUACGAUGGACUAAUGAUGCUCGUUCUAAAGAAAUACACGCGCAACUCCAUUAACUCGUGCAAGAUAAAGAUAAAGAACCUGAAGGAGAUCAAAUGCGCCCCCAGACACAGGAAGAUAUGUUGGUUCAGGUACUUGGGGCAAAAUCUGGGUACAUUCGAGGCAAAGGUAACGGGUAUAGAGGUUCAACUAAAGCAAGACUUCAAGAAGAGCAACAAAUGAUAAUGCUUAAACAACAAGACCAGAUAACUCAUUUAAAAACUGAGCUUGAGGCGAGUAAGAAGGAUAUGGAUGAAUACAAAGAAGAACAGAAGCGUAUUAUGGCAGAAAUGGAGAAGCGAUUCAUGCAGAUGAUAAAUAGCAACAUGAAAAGGAUGGGUUUUAAUGGUAAUGACAAUGAUAUGGAGUGAAAGGUCGUAUUAGAAGACAACUAUGUGAUGGCAGAUAACAAUUCUAAGUAUAGCUUAAAAUUUUGUGUAACCAUAUUUUGUUUGACAAACUCUUAGAGUUACACUUAAUAGUUGUAUAUAUUUGUAGGAUAUUGUGGUAAUGGAUAUUGGCUUAGGAACAUAUUUUGGGAGAAUGUAGACUAUGUAGUGAUGGUUUUGGGGUAUAUAAUUUUAGGAGAAUGUGGUGAUGGCUCUUGGGUAUAUAUUUUUGGGAGAAUGCGGUGAUGGUUUUUGGGCAAUUACCCAAUUAUUGAUGGGUUGUGUAAGAAACAUAUUUGUAAUUGGUAUAUGUAUGCUAAUUGUAUUUUGUGAACAAUUUAUCAAAGUAGAACUUUUUAUAAAUGAUAGUUUUGUCAUGGGUACAAAAUAAGUAUUUAUUUUACAUUUGUUUGAUUUGUAUGGACA